AUGUUCUUGCAUUUCUUUGUGAGUGUCGACGAGUCUGGGCGGCACAUUGGCUGGGCGGCUGCCUCGCUCAAAACUGCUCAGGCAUGGGAGCAAGGUCCGCACCAGGCGCGGAAGCUUCGAGAAUGGACGCGCAACUUCAUGGAAGACCAUCAUUGCUUACCGUUUACGCCCGAGGCAACAUGGAAGACGUCUCUUUUGGAGAAGCCUGAUCUGAAAGAGGCAAUCAGCGAGCACCUCCAAAGCAUCGGCAAAUAUGUACGUGCCAUGGACAUCGUCGAGUACAUGGCAAGGCCAGAUGUUCUUGUCACAUAUGGCCUAACCAAGCCGAUAGGCCUCUCGACAGCACAGACGUGGAUGCACGCACUCGAUUAUCGCUGGACGAAGGAUCCAUCGGGUCAAUACAUCGACGGGCACGAGCGCGCAGAUGUUGUGGAGUACCGAGAUAAGGUGUUCCUGCCC